UUUUUUCCCAUCAACUAGACGUGGAUAUCAAAUAUCAUUUAUAUUUUGUCGGGAAAUUAUUGCUAAUGCCUUCUCGACUUUUCCAUCAGAUGCUGACUCGUAGAAGUGAAGGGUGAGAGGAAAAUGGACACCAGCCGGAGAUGGGAGCUUAUUUUGUCUUUUCCAUCAGAUGCUGACUCGUACAAGCCAUCGUUGCAGGUUGGGAGUGGACCGAGUGGCAAAAGAUAGAAUCAGACGAUUGCAUUGCAUCUGAAGGAAGAACCAUACUGAAAACUCUAGCGAUUGAAUUAGAGGAGAAAUGGAGGUGUUGCUCUUGUGGUUGAAGAGAAUAUGGAAUGCUUGGAAUCUCCAGGCAUUCAUGCUGGCAAGCCUUAGCUUGCAAAUCAUCCUUAUUUUCUCAGGCAGCCUCCGGAAGCGCAACUCCUCAUGGUGGGUAAGCCUCAUCCUCUGGUCGGCCUACUUGCUCGCCGACUGGGUGGCCACCUUCGCCCUCGGCAUCCUGUCCAAAACCCAAGAUGACCAUGACUGCAAAUCUGCGGAGCAUUCUCUCAAACAGAACGCGGAGCUCCUUGCUUUUUGGUCACCUUUCCUUCUGUUACACCUCGGUGGUCCAGACACCAUCACAGCCUUCUCCUUGGAAGACAAUGAGCUUUGGAUGAGACACUUGCUAGGUCUGGUCUUUCAAGUCUGCGUGGCCCUCUAUGCCUUCAUGAAGUCCUUGCCGGAUACUCGCCUCAUAGUUCCCGCUUUCCUGAUGUUCCUCGCCGGAAUUAUCAAUUACGGCGAGAGGUCCUGGUCUCUCAUGUGCGCCAGCGUCGACGGCCUGAGGAAGUCCAUGGUAACACCCCCUGACCCUGGCCCAAAUUACGUCAAGUUCAUGGAAGAGUACUCUUGCAUGUCAGCAGCCGGCCUCCAUGUAGAUAUUGUAGUGGAGAAUGAAUCCGAGCCCAACCCACUAGCUCUCGACACCGAAGAGGAGGACAUUAAAGAUGUCGAGCUUGUAUCCAAAGCCCACCAUUUCUUCAAUAUAUUCAAGCGCCUCACGGUGGACCUUAUCCUCACAUUCCAUGACCGGAACGAGAGCCUGUCCUUCUUUCUCAAGCGUUCUCCGGAUCAAGCGUUCAAGUUGAUUGAGUUUGAGCUUUCCUUCAUCUACGAAGAGCUCUUUACCAAAGCCACCGCGCUUCAUACUGUGGCCGGUCCCUUCCUCCGCUUGCUCACUUUUUCGUCCAUUUUCUCUUCGCUUCUCUCUUCUUCUUCACCAAAAAGCAUGGUUACGUGGAGGCCGAUCUCGGAUAUGACCAGCUGUCCGAUAAGGUGUUCACAACAAUCUCUUUGUUUUCGACCAACGAAUAAGCCGAGAUGGUCUAAUUCCAUGGCCCAAUACAGCCUCAUCAGUUUCUGCCUCGCUGAUGAAGAGUCUUCAGCAUUCAAAACUACGCUGAAAUCCAUCGGCAUGAAAGACACCUGGGACAAAUAUUGGUACACGACGUACAUUCCGGUGACCGAUGAGCUCAAAGAAUUCAUAUUCAAGGAGAUCAAGGGCAAGGCAAGCAGUGCACAGGAUUCUAAAAGUUACAAACGUUUCAGCGAUUACAGAGGUGAAUGGGCGCUUCAGAAGAAGGGCUACCGCAAGGAGUUGGGCUGGAGUGUGGAGGUGGAGUUGGACGAGAGCAUUCUUCUGUGGCACAUUGCCACUGACCUCUGCUUUUACUCCCACAAAAAUGAACAAUCUGAGCCUGAGAGAAACCGUGAAAACGAACAAUCUGAACCUGACAGAAAUUGUGAAAACAAACAAUCUGAACCUGAGAGAAACCUUCAGAUGAGCAAGGCUCUAUCAGACUACAUGUUAUAUCUACUAUUAGUUCGCCCUUCUAUGCUGACUGCUGGGAUUGGGCAGGUCAGAUAUGGGGACACUUGUGCUGAGGCUAAAAUCUUUUUCCGGCGUGGUGAGGCAGUGCUUGAUCAACAGCAAGCUAGUGAGAAGCUUCUGCGGGUGGAAACCAAAGUGCCAUCAGUUCAAAUUAAAGGAGACAGAAGCAAAUCAGUUCUGUUUGAUGCAUGUGUACUUGCAAAAAAAUUGCUGGAUUUGAAGACAGGGAGAAGGUGGAGGAUAAUCAGUGCUGUUUGGGUGGAGAUGCUUUGUUAUGCUGCAAUUCAUUGCAGAAGCUACUUCCACAUGAAGCAACUCAAUAGUGGGGGAGAGCUGAUCACGUUGGUCUGGCUCCUUAUGGCCCAUUUUGGGUUAGGAGAUCAAUAUCGGAUAGAAGCAGGGCAUGCCAGAGCCAAGCUUAUUGUGGACAAGUAAUGCUCUGAUUUUAAGCUCUUCCAUUAAUACAGUUGUAUGAGUAUGCAAAUAUUCUGUUCAUUUCCAUCUCUUUAUGAAGUCAGAUGUGUGCAUGCCGUGUUUUUUUUUAUACAAAUGCAUCUCAAUCACAUGCACAACCUGGAAGCUGCUGAUGAGUUAUACAAUGAUGGAAAUCAUUUGUUGACCAACUUUUGUGCGUCAGUGCUUGUGAAUCGGCCAAAGACAACGAGUCCACCAAAAUGUUUGUUUGGAUUCCAUCCUAUGACAAAGAAGUGUAUAGUGGUAAGGUUCUUUUACCGUCAAAUGAACCUUGUAACUGAAAGUUAUGAUCUGGGAUGUGAAGUAUUCACCCUCGGUACAUGGUCAUGGAAAUAUGUUGGUAGCAUAGAUUGUUAUCUGACUGGCCAGGGAAUUAAUGCUAAUGGUUAUCUAUACUGGACAAAGGGUGUUAACACUGUCAUACCUGACCAAAUAGUUGCUUUUGAUCUGGAAAGUUAGAAGUUCAACUCAAUUCCAGUUCCUGAUUUUUUUAGCUACCAGAUUAUUGUUCAGGGGGCUAUGUUUCUUGUGCAGCUGGAAGGGAAACUCUGUAUGGUGAAUGCUCCAUAUGAUUCUCCAGGUUCUAUGGAUGCAUGGAUGCUAGAGGAUCCAAUUAACAAUGUUUUGAUUCACAGAUUUUCUAUUUCUUUGCAUUCUAUACCUGGAUAUCGACGGCGGCUGGCCGGUUUUCAUUCACAGUGGAAGAGUUCUGUUGAGAUGGCUUGAGAAACUAUUUUACAGGAGUCUGGAUAAUGAGCAGGAAGAUACUGAGUGCGUCUACACUGAUAACUGCCUGAAUAGUUCUGCAAAAGCCUAGCUUUUGUGGAGAGCUUGGUUUCUUUAGACAGUGAAAACCAUCAUAGCUUCAUUUCUUAACAAUUUAAGUAUGUCAUUUGAUACUCCUUAGUUUUAUGCUGAAUAUUUGAUCAUUUGUGUACUUGUCAUCUGAAAUCAAUAUAAUUACCACCUCUCAUUGUUAAUAAAUAAGAUGAAUCAGUUCUGACUAAA